GGCAUAUACUAUAUUUAAUAAUAAAUAAUGAUUUCUAAUAGAUAUUAUAUUCAACAUAUAAGUUUCUUUUUUAAUUUCUCCUAAAGCAAUUGUAAUAAGGAAAACCUCUAAAUAAAAAUCUUAAUUAAUUAUUCUUCUAAAAGUAGUAGCUCAGCAUAAUAUGAUUCACAUAAUCACAAGCGCCAUCUAUGUCUAUUGUACCAGCUUCCUUCAACAGCACUUUACCCUGUCUUUCAUUUCUCAAUCGUAUUCCAGCCAUGAAUCUAUAUUACCUACCCAAAUCUCAAGCAGAGAGGAAAGCGAAGCCAAAAUCAACAGUAACCAUAUUAUGGUUCUUCCUUUCGAUAGCAGUUUCAGCUAUUGCCCUUUUCAGUUUUCUCCAACCUUAUUGGUAUAUUGAAGGUAGGACUCAGAACGCAAUAGGUAUCUAUACAUUUUGCGUAAGGGCUAUUCAAGAUCAAUUUCUGUGUGGAAAAUUUGGUAAAGAUGUUAAAUUAAAUGGAAUUUUAAGAACUGUUCAUUGGACUUUCGGUGCUGGAUCCGUUUUGAUGUUAUUUACGGCCUGUUUAACUUUGAUUAAUCUAUUCUUAAGGUCGGAAGGUUGGGUCUCCAAAAAGUUUGUUAACAUAUCUGUUGUAUUCCAGAUAAUAGCAGUUAUUCUACUAUUAAUUGGCUUAGCCCUAGUACCAGCUGGCCUGGAAUCGAAAUUCUUUCAUCACUUUUGUUCAAAAACGAAACAAUGUCAUAUGGGUUGGACUUAUAUGAUGGCUGUAACGGGUACUGCUCUGGCAAUCUUCUGUCCAAUUUUGGCAAAGUAUACGAAUGCUCCGUCAUUCGUUACAGAAAGUAUCGAUGACUAACAUCCCUUUGUGUCUGUGAAUAAGAAAAAAAUGGAAAAAUAUGUAAAUGAAACGGGGCAAUAACUUUGGAAUUCGUGAGCAGAUGCUGACGCAGAUUGAACGUAAAUUUCCGGGCCGUCUUUCCGCCGUUGACGCGUAACUAACACGUUUUUCCCUAUAACCGUCUUUUUUCCUCUUAAUUUAAAUAUUUUCUGAUCUUCCCUAUCUACUCAUUUGUUUUCUUUCUUUAAUGUUAACAGCAUAUAGCUGUUUUUUAAAAUACCAUAUAACCUGAUUUUUUUGUCUCUUUCAUUGUCUUAUCUGUCUAUAUUGUUUUCCUGUGUUCCUCUCUUCUCCUUUUUUUCCAACCAUCUAUUAAUUAAGACGGUUUUUUGUCGUUUUAGUCGAUAAUUUUCUGUUUCUCCGUACUUUAGUUUGUUCGCCUCGUUGAUUUUGUUAAGUGCAAUCGAUUACGCAAUUAUCCAAUGUUUUUUGUUUGCCAACAUAUUUUUACUGUCGUUGAAAAACAACUUUCAAAUAUGAAUUAUUAAGAAAUACUUUGAUAGAGAUAUUUAGAUUUUACCAGUAUUUUUUACAAUCUUUUUUUACAGAAUAUGUAAAUAUAUAAGUAUAUACU